CAGAUUGGGUGAGAUACUGAUUGUUGUUUGAUCAGAGGUAAUUUCAGACUGAGAUAUUAACUCUUGUAGUUAACAGAUGUGUAAGAGGUGGAUAAUCUAUGCCAGGAAGUGGUAGGCUACACACAGGGGUCAUUUAGACUAAACCACAAUUGUCUUAGCUGUUAAAAGUGAAAGUAGAAACUAACCGGACGAGUUAAGAUUUUCACGGGAGAAAAUGGCUUCAAACCUUGAAGAGGAGUUUUGCUGUCCUGUGUGCUGUGACAUCUACAAGGAUCCUGCCAUUUUGAGCUGCUCUCACAGCAUCUGUAAAGCCUGUCUGGAGCAGUUCUGGGAGAAAAAAGGAUCCAGAGAAUGUCCCUACUGCAGGAGGAAGUGCUCUAAAGAAAACUAUCAACCUAACAUGGCAUUAAGGAACCUGUGUGAAGCUUAUUUAAGGGAGAGAAGUCAGAGAGCUUCAGCAGGGUCUGAGGUGCUCUGCAGUCUGCACGGUGAGAAACUCAAGCUCUUCUGUCUGGAGGAUAAACAGCCUGUGUGUCUGGUGUGCAGAGACUCAAGAAAACACGCCAACCACAAGUUCCAGCCUUUGGAUGAGGCAGCAGCUGACCUUAAGGAGCUGCUGAGCAUUAAACUAGAGUCCUUACAGAAGAAGCUGAAGGUCUUUGAAAAAGCAAAACUCUCCUGUGAUGAAUCAGCUAAACAUGUGAAGACUCAGACCCAGCACACAGAGAAGCAGAUCAAGGAGGAGUUUGAGAAGCUUCACCAGUUUCUACGAGAUGAAGAAGCAGCCAGGAUAGCUGCACUGAUGGAGGAAGAGGAGCAGAAGAGUCAGAUGAUGAAGGAGAAGAUUGAGAAGAUGAGCAGAGAGAUCUCAUCUCUUUCAGACACUAUCAGAGCCAUACAGGAGAAGAUGGGAGCUGAUGCCAUCAAAUUCCUACAGAACUACAGGAGCACAGUGGAAAGAGCCCAGUGCACACUGCAGGAUCCAGAGAGGGUUUCAGGAGCUUUGAUCAAUGUGGAGAAACACCUGGACAACCUGAAGGUCAAGAUCUGGAAGAAAAUGAUUGCUCCUGUGACUCUGGAUCCCAACACUGCACACCCAAAUCUCAUCCUGUCUGAGGAUCUGACCAGCGUGAGAGCUGUUAAACAUAACCCACAGAGGUUUGAUGAGUAUCGCAGUGUCCUGGGCUCUGAGGGCUUCAACUCAGGGACUCACUGCUGGGAUGUGGAGGUUGGAAAGAACACAUGGUGGCGUGUGGGUGUGAUGACAGAGUCUCACCAGAGGAAAGGAGACUACACCUCCAUGAGUGGACGCUGGUGUGUGUGGUAUGAUGGUGCUGCAUAUAAAGCACGUGCUCCUCCUCAGUCCCCCACUCUCCUCACAGUGCAGCAGAAACUCCAGAGGAUCAGAGUGCAGCUGGACUGGGACAGAGGAGAGCUGACAUUCUCUGACCCUGAUAAUAACACACACCUACAGACUUUCACACACAGAUUCACUGAGAGAGUGUUCCCAUAUAUGUAUACUGGCUGUAGUCUCUAUCCUCUGAGGAUCCUACCAGUGAGUCCUCAGUAGCAUCAGAGCAGCACUGAUGGAGCUGAUGGUGUCUCUGACUGCACUCUCAUGAGGCCAGUAGGUGUGAUUGUGGAGCUGUGCUGAAUAUAGCGCACUUAAACAAGGAGAUGCAUUGAUUCAUUAACACACCGAGUAUACUAAUGAUGACUGAGUAUACUAAUGAUGACUGAGUAUACUAAUGAUGAGUAUAUUGAUGACCAAGUACAGUAUGCUAAUGAUGACCGAGUUUGCUAAUGAUGACCGAGUAUAGCCUACUAAUGAUGGCCGAGUAUACUAAUGAUGACAGAGUAUACUAUUGAUGACCGUCGGUCAGUUUUGAACCCUGAAUGCAUUUGCACCACAGUCAACAACCCCCCCCCCACACACACACACACACACACACACACACAGUCUACGUCACCUCAGAAUAGAGUAAUGCUCUGAUUGGAUGCUGAAAGUAAAAGAGGGAGGGGCAGAGCAACAUUGGAGUCAUACUUUGGCUCACAUAACUUCAACUCCAAUGUAAAUUAGAUUGAUUGAUUACUUAAAGUGAUAGAAUGCAUUCUAUUUAAGCCACUUAUUUCAAAAUGUGUGCCAACAGACACAGAGUGUG